GCCUCUAUCGCUAAUAAAGAAACAAUGGCGACAGCGGCGACUGCAGCGGGCGGAACGGGCUCCGGAGGACCAUCAGCCGGCCAAACGGGCGCCGGUUCCUCGAUCGGACGGAAAAAAAGAUGGAGGGGCCGUCUUCCCAAGUAUUGGGAGAGCUCGGAAACGUUCUCCUACAAGCAAACAUUGGCUGCACUGGUGGUGCAGUUGCUGCAGUUUCAGGAGGAUGCAUUUGGACGUAGAGUCAGCAAUCCUGCCCUCACCAAACUACCUGUAAGCAAAGAGCUUCUGGACUUCAAACCUGGAGGAGCCCUUUGCCACAUUUUAGGAUCUGCAUAAUUCAAAAGCGAGCAGGGCUGGAGGAGGUUUGAUCUUCAAAACCCAUCCAGAAUGGAUAGAAAUGUGGAGAUGUUUAUGACUAUUGAAAAGACACUUGUUCAGAACAACACUUUGAUCAGACCUAUUGUGUACAUUGUGUCUGAUGUGGAGCAGAAGCAAGCCAACAAGCUUAAAGACAUCAUUAAGAGACAUCAGGGAACUAUCACUGAAGAUAAGUCAAAGGCCACUCAUAUUAUUUAUCCCUCCCCAGCCCAGAUGGAAGAAGAGGAGUGGCUGCGUCCUGUUAUGCGCAAGGACAAGCAAGUGCUUGUUCACUGGGGAAAUUAUCCUGACAGUUACGAUAUAUGGGUGUCAACAAGUGAUGUGGAUGCAGAUGUUGAGGAUCCACCAAGUUCUGAGAAGCCAUGGCGGGUGCAAGCUAAAUGGGUCAUUGACACAGAUGCUUUCAACGAGUGGAUGAAUGAGGAAGAUUAUGAAGUGGAUGUAAACAAGAAGCCUGUGAGUUUCCGCCAGCGGAUCUUCCCAGGGGAAGAUGUGUCUUCCCGUACACCCGAUCGUAAGGAACGCAAGUCCCUGGUUGCCGGCAAGAAGAGGAGACGCUCUCCAUCUCCACCCAGCACCCCUGCGGAGUCACGCAAGGGCAAGAAAGGGAAUCCUGGAUCUCAGUGGAGGCGGCGUGGACAACCAAUUGAUGAUGAGCAGGAUGAAGAUUCCACAAAGGACCUUGAAGAUCCCUCUCCUGUGCCGGGAAUGGAGGAAGUUACAUUGCCCAAAAAUGUCAAUCAGAAAAAGGACAGCGAGAACACACCAGUGAAGGGUGGAAUUCACAAUGAUUUAGAUGACCAGGAAGAUGACUCUGUGACAUCUGGUGGCAAGGAGGAUGAUGAACAGAGCAAAGCAGAGGUCAAUCGUCUGAUCGACUCUGAGGACAACGUGACUGAGCAAACCCAUCACAUCAUCAUCCCUAGCUAUGCUGCCUGGUUUGACUACAACAGUAUACAUGAAAUUGAGAGACGCGCCCUACCGGAGUUCUUCAAUGGCAAAAACAAAUCGAAGACUCCAGAGAUUUAUCUUGCCUAUCGUAACUUCAUGAUUGACACAUACCGGCUGAAUCCUCAGGAGUACCUGACCUCAACCUCCUGCAGGAGGAACCUUACUGGAGAUGUCUGUGCAGUCAUGAGAGUGCACGCCUUUUUGGAGCAGUGGGGACUGGUGAACUACCAGGUGGACGCAGAGAGCAGACCUCUCCCCAUGGGCCCUCCACCAACCUCACAUUUCAACGUUCUGGCUGAUACGCCCUCUGGCCUGGUGCCGCUGCACCACCGUCCCCCACAGGUUCCCCCUGCUCAGCAGAUGCUAAACUUCCCAGAAAAGGGCAAAGACAAGCCAACUGACCUGCAGAACUUUGGCCUCCGUACAGAUAUUUACUCCAAGAAGAAUCUCAAGGGUAAAGGAGCUGCAGGUGGCAGAGACUGGACUGAACAAGAAACAUUGCUUCUGUUGGAGGCUUUGGAAAUGUACAAAGAUGACUGGAAUAAAGUGUCCGAGCAUGUGGGCAGUCGUACACAAGAUGAGUGCAUCUUGCACUUCCUGCGGUUGCCCAUAGAGGAUCAAUACCUGGAGAGCUCUGACGCUUCGCUAGGCCCUCUGGCUUACCAGCCGAUCCCAUUCAGUCAAUCAGGGAAUCCAGUUAUGAGCACUGUUGCAUUCCUCGCCUCCGUGGUGGAUCCGCGUGUGGCCGCGGCUGCUGCCAAAGCUGCUCUGGAUGAGUUCUCCCGUGUGCGUGAGGAGGUUCCUGCAGAGCUGGUGGAGGCUCAUGUGAAAAAGGUGCAGGAAGCCGCACGCAGCACAGGGAAAGUGGACCCUGCGUUUGGCCUGGAGAGCAGUGGCAUUGCUGGCACAGCUCCCGAAGAACCAGAGAAGACGGAACCUACAGAGACUGAGAAAAUGGACACAGACUCUGACUCCCAGCAGCCUGAUAAGGCGGAGUCAAAGGAUGAAGCAGAGAAACCCAGCGAGUCUGCAGAAAAGCCAGCCGAGACAGAGAAGGAAAAAAUUGAGACUACAGAGAAAUCUGAGCCACAGGAAGAGGAAGAGAGUGAGGCAGGAGAGACCAAGACAGCAGAGAAAGAAAAGGAGGAGGCCAUGGAGACCACAGAGGAAGGGAAGGAGGAUGAUGAGGAGCAGGAGGAAGGAAAGAAAAAGCUGGAGUUGGAUAUCGGAGAGGGCAACAUCGCCACUGCUGCCGCCGCCGCUCUGGCAUCUGCUGCCACCAAGGCAAAGCACUUGGCUGCAGUGGAGGAGAGGAAGAUCAAGUCUCUUGUUGCUCUGCUAGUGGAGACUCAGAUGAAGAAGCUGGAGCUCAAACUCAGACACUUUGAAGAGCUGGAGACCAUUAUGGACCGUGAGAAGGAAGCUCUGGAGCUUCAGAGGCAGCAGCUUUUGACCGAGCGACAAGCCUUCCACAUGGAGCAGCUGAAGUACGCUGAGAUGAAGGCCCGUCAGCAGAUGGAGCAGCAGGCAGCGGUGCAGCAGAACGCUGGAGGACAUCAUGGUCCUCCUCCACACGGCCCCCCUCCAGGCAUGCACCCUGGACAUCCAGGACAUCCUGGACACCCCGGCCCUGCAUUUCCACCCAUGCACCACUCCAUGGGUCCACAUCACACCCCUCAGACAGGACCAAUGGUUGGACCAGGUCAGCCUAUAGCAGGCCGAAUGAUUCCUGGACCUCCCCCGCAGGGUGGAAUGGCACCAAUGAUGGGACCUCGGCACCCUGGGCCACCCAACGGCAUGUACCCAGGUCCUCCUCCUCCAACCGCACAGCCUGAUGGGAUGCCUCCCGGGCCAGUGGGACCCCCUCCAUCUGUGCCCGCUACUCGUGCUGCUGAAAACUAAACUAUUGCCCCCCCUUCCCUCCCCACCAUCCCCACACACGCGUUCACAUCCACACGCAGAUACACAUGCACACUUAAAUCCAGAUUAAUCCGGGAUCCCCACAGACCUGCUGUCGUCGCCUUCUGUAGAUUUGCCUUGCUGAUGGGUGGGUCAUCUCUAAAGCCUCUCUCUCAUUCUCCCUCUCUCUCCGACUGAGCUGAGCACUCUCCGUAACAUUCACACGCUCAGGGCACAAAGUCAAGAGUCAGUCCUCCGUCUCUUGUCUAGUAAUAGCACUGGCCUCUCUUCGUUUUCUGUCCCCAGUGUUUGUUUGGAAAGCAUGUCGCAGGCUCCAGUGUCCUUCCUGUAAUGUGACUGAUGGAAUCAUAUAUGUAUAUUGUGUGCUAAUCCACGUAAAAGCUAAACGCUCCCAGAUUGAACUCACACUGUAGCUGCGAGAUGUUUUCUCCGCUGACCUGGAGUCCUGCGGCAUCCGCUGUCAUACGUGUUCGUGGUGCGGUAUCCAUAUCAGCCGGUGGCUUCAUCGAGCUUCCUCUUACUAUUUACAUCCUCAUCUAGCUGAUAAUCUACCUCACCGGUGCAAUCCUGUUCAAUCCGUGCACGGUGUGUGAAGCAGACUCGCUUUAAAUUGGAGAUCGCAACUCCCACACGCCCCAACAACUGCUGUGUUCUUUUAGAGAUGUACCCACGCAUGCAUUAACCCUUGUUUGCUUCAGAUGCUGUGCAGAUGUUGGAACACGUACACAAACCUGCCUCUGUGUAGUUCUGCUGACGGAGGUCUAUAUGGUAUCACGCUGAAGUGAUGGAGGAACCUUGCUUAUUUUAGGUGUAGCUGGCCUUCCCCUUAGGUGCUGACAGAGUAGCUGCCCCGCCUCGCUCUACCUCUCUCACUUUACUACCUCUCUUCUCUUUCCUUCUCUCUUGUUUUUGGCUGUUCUCUGUUUCCUUUUUGUGUGUGCGCCCAUGUGACUGCUGCAUUACUGCUGUGUGGAGGCUUUCGUCCUCCUCCUCCUCAGGUGAACCAAGCCCUCGCUUCAACACGGCCCGCCCCGCUACACUACUACACACAUAUACACACACAUAUAUAUAUAUAUUUCCUCUUCCAAAACUUUCCAGGCUCUACAUCACAGGAAAAUGGGGUUAAACCCUGAUCCCCUGACCCCCACAUAUAUAUCUUUUAUUGCUUUUUAUUUUAUGGUAAUGUAUUUUUAAGAAAAUAAAGUUUGUGUAGACUCA